AACUUGCGCCCGGCGCUUGUCAUUGCUUGUUCUUCUUCAUCGCAGUACACCGAGCCCAGCUGUCGUCAGGGCUGUUGGCGAUGCGUCAGACAACUCUCACACUCGUUUAUCUUAAUUGAAAACAGCCCACAGGCAGGUGGAAACAUGACAAGCUGGGUCGCGCUGAACGUGGAACCGGACGAUGGUAUUGAGGAGGAGGUUGACGACACCAAGGAACUCCAGAUUGAAGAGGCUCUGAAGCUAUACCACACUGCUUUGAAGCUCCACUCGCAAGGCCCGGAGUAUUAUUCUCAAGCAGCAGAGGCGUAUGACUCUUUGCUCAAUUCUGAGAUCUUCAAAUAUCCCGAAUCCCUCUCCGAUUUCAAGCGGCCCGAUCUAGCAGACGCGCAAACAGCUGCUGCUGUUGCUGACGACGCUGCCGCUGCAUCAGAUGCAGUCGCGGAGUUCAAUGUCAAUGAUUCUACAUCCAGCCUUUUCCAAACCCUCUACCUUUCCUAUAAAAACCACGGAAAAUACCUCCUCGAUUCGCUUCACGAGACUCUACGGAAUACGCCUCAGGACACCGAUAAAUCACAAGAUGCCGCGCGAAGGACAUCGAAAGCAACGAAGGAUGCGGUACAAUCAUUCGCAGAGGCGCUCGAGCGUGAUGACACCGACCUGAACCUAUGGAGACAGAGUGCCAGGCUCGGUAGUGCUCUUCAAAGCUAUCGGCUAAACCGAUUUUGUCUGGAGAGCGUUCUAGCAGAUGAUGAUAAUCGCUUGGAAGUUCGAUCGACACAACUUGGUUUGGAGGAAGCAUUCUCGGAAGAACGCCUGCGGAGCACUCUCCGGUCCCUCUUCGAUGGGCUGUCCGCAUCCCAGAUUCCAGUCAAGAAACCGAAAAAGGCACUCGAGAAGUAUCUUAAACAGCACGCCGAUUUGUAUUCGUACCUACCUACUCUGCCGACCGAUAUACAGUUCCUGGACCCAGUCAAAGGCCCUCUCGCCAUCUCGACGUCGCGCCGGGAAAUAAGACCCUCUGAAGCAACGUGGGAAGCUGUUGGCCAAGCUCUUCUCAAAGCGCUAGACGACGAGGAAGAUUCGUCUAUCGCUGACAGCCCCAGUAAAGCCAUAGGAGUCGCACUACCUCCCAAAAGCUCCGAGGCUCUCGAAUCUCUCGAAGCCGAGGAGAUGGAUAUCGUCCCCGAGGAGGACGAGGCAGACAAGACAGCUAGGCCCGAGAUCGAAGAUGUUGACAUGAACAAGGAAGGCGAGGAAGCCAGUGAAAAUGAGAAACCUGCAGAGGAGAAUGAACAGGAUCAGCCGACUGAGGAACAGUCUUCAAUUGAUCAAAGUGCAGAGAAACAGCUGAUGGAAUCCCUGGAGCGACAAUCCGUUCACCCACCCGAAACACAAGCCCCCGAAGAAGAUGCCAACCCUGAAGAGGUAGAGCCAAAGUCUCCAUCUGAUACCCGGAAGAGAUCAUCCACAUCGGCUGCGAACGAUGAACAGCCGGAAGGGAGCAGAAUGAAGAGUCGACGAACCCGAGCUCGAGAGUCGAAUGCGGACGCGUUGGCUCCACCUGAUGAGGUUGCUUUCGAUCAAGAGAAAUACUACGAAGACCGUUUGGAGGUCUAUGCCAAUGCAGAUGAUUGGAUGUUUAACACCCUUGGCUCCUUGUACUCCAAAGUUGGCAACGAAGCUCUGGGCUCAAUUAAGAGUCUCAGAGAAACGGUCGCAGCGCUGAAUGACUCCGACGAGACUUCCCAGGAGCCCGAGACACGACUCAUUCAGGAUCUACGUGGAAUCUUCAGGACUUGGAAUGAUGAAAAGUCUCGCUUGAUGCAGCAAAAAGACGAUCUUUCUUCAUUAAAGGAUAUCCGUGGUUCCAACAAGUCGGGAUUGUCCGUUUUCCUCAAACACUCUAGAAAGGGUACCCGAAAGCCCAUUGUUCAGCAAGAGCUGGGAUCGGGGGAGGAGCUUUAUCAGUUCUCAGAAACGGUGAAUAGCAGCUGGUUGCAUCCACAUCAAACGUCAUACGAGUGGCUUAAAUGUCUCCUCUUGCCAGAAUUUGGAAAUGGAAAUUCUCAAUGGCCGGCCAUGAAGUCAACAUACACGGCACUCUUGUGGUCCAAGGUCCUGAAAGAGACUGUUCUGAAACUUCUACUGCGCGAGGAUGAAUUCAUCUUUUCAAGGACGAACGAACUCGUCGCAGACACUCAGAAACGUGUUCUUGAGUCAAACUCCAAGUCUUCUUUCGAGUAUCGACAAAGUGAUUUUGCUGAACUCGAAAUGAUUCAGUCAAUCUAUGAACUUCAUUUGGAUGUAUUUGCAUCCAUUGAGAACAAUAGCAGCGAGGAUAGUCAAGAAAAGCGACACGCCCAGAAGGACCGCCUUGCCAGAUGGGGUAUCCUCGCCCGAUCAGCGCUGGACCUUCUUCUUGACUAUUGUUGUUCAGAGGACUGCCGCCAAAAUCUCGCCCUCCGUCAUCUUUGGGCCUCGACGUUUCACGUAAACCUUACCGGCGAGGCUGAUCGUGAGCACAUCUUGCUUUGUCUCCAAGACCUGAAGCACAUACUUCAGGCCAUCGGUGACCCCUGCCUCACUCUCUUGAAUAACCCUACCAUGUCUGAGCUUUCUGUUGCGACGAUUGAUCAAGAGGUCCUCAAGCUCAAGUGUAUGGAUUUCUUCGCUAAGGUUUUUAACCCGAAGGAUGAAGAUCCUGUAUCCCUCAUCGAAGCUAUCGAGCCUAUCCUUGAACCUUCAUCCAUUGAGUACGCAGAUGGGUCGCCAAAGCAGAAUGAUCCAAAUGGCCCCUCCUCUACAUCCACGGAAAUGGGUGCAUUCCUAGAUCGUGGCGAUGCGACAUUACGACUUUUCUUAUGGCGAAGGCUCCAGGAAGCGUAUCAGGCUAUUGAUUAUCCGCCGAAGGUUGUGUCAUGCUAUCUGCGGAGCAUUGAAAUCAUCAUGAAGGAGCUAGAGGACCCCAAGCACCUUGAAGAGACGAUUGGAACCCGGCAAGUGACCUUGCUUGGCUGGCUAAAGUCACUGGAUGCAAUCAUGGGCAAGGCAAUCCCACUCGUUCUCCAACAGGUUGACAAAGCCUAUGAGUGUGUUGAUAUGGAGCAUCUUCAAUCUUCGAUGUCAGCAGUAGCCCGCCUCACCCGACUCAUUCAUACUUUUGUAUUAUAUGAGGAUUCGAUCCGUGUGGGCCAAACAUCGGGCCGUGACCUUCGUGGGUCAUUGGCAAAGUCCUUCGAAAAUUUCAAAGAAAGGAUGCGGGAGCUCUAUGUUCGAUGUUGGAUCCUACAGUAUACCUUGUUCGUAGAGGCAAUCUCCCAGAACAAGGAUGUCUUUGAGGAGCCACUGGAGGAUCGGAUUCGCGUGCUUCGGUCUGUCCAUAAUGCACUUGGCGUUCGCUCGAUGUGCAGAUACUCUCAGAAACGAUUCUUGAAGCUCAUGAAGUCCGAGUUGUUGGAUCUAGAGACUAAGGGUGAUUAUGAGUUCGAUAUCUGUCAGGUGCUCGUGGAUCUUCAUGGCAUCAAAUUCUCGCCUUUUGAUGGGACUUCUGACCACGGAUGCUCCCCUGAAAAAUUGGACCGCCCUACUGCUAUCAUGAUGAUCGACUUUGUGAUGAGACAGGCACAGAACAUGAACAUGAAGGAUUUAUCCAAGUCUGACUUGAAGACGACCAUCGAAAAGAUGCAACAAACAAUCGUUCCAGCCAAGAUUUCAUCCUCGCCCCAAAUGACUUUCAAUCGACGGAUCUUUCAUGGCUACAUCAAGGCGGCAAUUAAUCCAUCCAUUCUUCUUCGGGCUGUCCAGGGAGUAUUGGAACUUUCAAUGCUGACUGUCCCGGGCGAGAAUGCUCAAAUCGCGGCCAAGGGAUGGUAUUUCCUCCUCGGUCAUGCCGCGUUGACAAAGUUCCGGUCUCAGAAGCGCCUCAGUCCCGGCUCGACGACAGAGCUCGAUGACGCCAUCAAUUUCUUCAGGCUGGAUAUUGAUCAUGGAUCUCGGCGCUGGGAGACCUGGUAUCGCCUGGCUCAGGCGUACGACACCAAGCUCGAGGAAGAAAUAACGUGGACGGCCGACAAGAUCAACAACAACCGCAGUGAACUGGCAGCCACUCAACGGUAUGCAAUCCAUUGUUAUGCAAUGGCCGUUUCAGUAGCAAUGAGAAGUGCAGAGCCGACAAAUGAGACCCGGUCGCUUCUGUCAGAUCUUUACACUGAUUUCGGAAUUCGGAUGUACUCUUCGUCUCGUGGCCCGCUUUUGAUGGGGGCCUUUGGUCUUUCGGAUUUCUCUCGCCACUUCAGUAGCGAGGAGAGUCAGCAAAUGUACAAAGGCCAGCCUUUCAAGGAGAUGUCCUCAUACUCCGUGUGGAACUUCGCCUGCAACCUCCUUAAAAAAGCGCUCGUGGAUAAACCGAAACGGUGGAUAACCCACUAUUUUAUUGGCAAAUGUCUCUGGAAGAUGUUCAGUUGUGACGAUUCCUUGCGAACGACUUCAAAGCGAGUGGAAAUGCACGAUGUCCUGGAUGCUUUUCACGAUGCUAUCUCGAGUCUUCCUAAGAAAAAGGACUCCCGCGCAGACCCUGUCUUUGAGCCACAUUUCAAGCUUGUAUCUAUUGUUCACAAGCUUGUUCUCCGCGGAGACAUGACUCCGACCGAGGCCAGUCAAGCCCUUCAAGCAACACCUUGGGCUCGCAAAGUGGAAGAACCUGGGAAUAUGGAAGGGUGGAAGCCAUAUAUCCUCGAGGUUGUUAGGAAGUUCAAGAGCGCCGACAAGUCCAACUGGCACCAUCGGAUGAGCGCAAAGGCUGCGCACAUAAUAUAUGACGACGAUAAGAACGCAACUGCCGCAACCGCUGCCAAGCAAGAACUCUCACAGAUCUUCACAAAGACGCUCACCAUUCAGGUCUGGCGACCUGAGUUCGAACGUCCAGGGAGACACUUCGUGUAUACCACACGCUACGUGUACUUCUUUGUGAGCCUAUUGGAUCAGCUGGAUGAUCGUGCAAGCCUAGAUCAGCUGCUACGUCGUGUGCGAAAGAAACAAGGGGAUUUCAUCGACCACACCAAGCUGUGGGAAGAUGUGUGCUUGACUUAUGCGAAGAUGAUCCGCAGAGCCGCGCAUAUCAAUGAGGGUCAUGAAGAAAGUGUCUUCAAGCCCAUCGGAUGGGAAGAGUUCUCCACUAAAACAGCUCGUCUAGAGACUCUGUCACAAUUGUCUCCCGACAGUGUUCCCCUCCUCGAGCUAAUUCGUGACUCGCUGGAAUUGAAGAAGCUUAACAACAACUUGAUGAAGGUGACCAUGUUUGAAGACCUCGUUGCGGAUCUGUACGCCCGAGUCUACGAGUUGAACAUGCCAUUGCUCAUUGAGCAAGUGAAUGAGGAAAACAAAGAAAAGAUGAAGGUUGACCAUCUCCUGAUGACUGGGGAUGGAAAUACAGAGGCAUCUACGCCUGCCGCCUCGCUUCCAGCUUCUGAUACCCCAGCGCCGCGAGGUAGAACGAAGGGAAUUGCUCGUCGUGAUGUUCAAAAGCGCGCCGACACGAUUGUCAACCUCAAACUCGGGCCGCGAACGGCAGCAAGCAAGUUCACCGCUGCGGCUGACACAGACCAGUCUACCUCCGCUUUACAGGGCCCCAAUGCAUCCUCGGGACCUACUUCAGCCCCUUACGGAGCAGCGGAACAGACAUCUGGUGCGGGUGACAAUGCUGGUGUCCCAAGGAGCGAACUAAAUAGCUUCAACGACACUGCAGACGAGAGUGACCUGACCGACGUCGAUGAGAGCAAGCUGAACCUCGAACACAAGUCUGUCUUUUCCAAAAUCCAUCAUGCCGACGCAGGUGACAUCGAAACCGAAACCGAGAACGACGGCGCCGACGAAGGGGAGGGGGAAGACGAAGAAGGCGACGAGAACGAUGAUGGCGAGGAUGAAGAUGACCCUGCGGCUACAGAAGCCGAUGCUGGUGGCGAUGAAGAGCAAGGUGAUGAGGGGGAUGACGAAGAGAUCCAAGACGAGGACGAGGUUGGUCCAGAUGGGGACGAGACCAAGCUCGAUGAUGAUGUCGAGGCUACCGACAAAGAAGCCGAUGAAGAUCAGCCUGAUCAUAAAGACCCCGAUGAUUCAACCCAGGACGAGAUUGGCGAGACCCCGGAGCACAUGGACCUUACACCUUCGUGAAAGGUUCUUAAUCUAUUAUUUUCUGUCCUUGUUUAGCAACGGUGGCGUAUGGCUCGCAUGUACCAGAUAUUCCUUUCUGGGUGUUCCGGUGGGGCGUUUUGAUAUUGCAAGAUAUACUUUACUUUAUUGAUACCAAUAAGAUUUUUCGCUGUUUGAUUUCGCCAUAAUUUUGUUUCUCUUCGCGAGGCAACGAAACGAUGAGUUGAACUAAUUUCCAGCCAUAUUCCAAACGGGGAUUUGUCCUUGGGAAAUUACAGCUUGUCAUCAUUCAUUUGAGUGCAUUGACAACGCAGCAGGACAAUCAACAAAUAGCAAAGAAAUUGAAAUUAUCUGCAGUAUUAUCAAAAGUAGUAAAACAAAAGGAGGUACGGUUCCCAUGAAUGACCAAUUAGAACGCCCAAGAAUAUCUUUCCUUGCCCGGGGUGUAUCCAAUUAAUCCAGUUUGCUAAAAGGAAAAAUGAAAGCAAAUCGUAAAGUCAUGGCAAGAGUUACGUUAGAACUCUAAAUCUCGCUCUCAGGCGCCAAGUCCCACUUGCGAGUCGAGAUCUUCCUGGUCUUCUUGCCGGGUGAAGAAGACUUGGGCGUGGGAGAUGGGGGCGAGAACAUGCUGUCGGUAAGAUUGAGUUGGUUCAUGCGCUGUAGAGCGUUUUCAAUGUCACUCUCCCGGCCAAGACGGUUGGCGGUUCUGGUGGGAGAUGGUAGGGCUUGUUUUGCUCGUGGCUUGCGAGUUGGGGAAUGAGAGGACAUUUCACGUUCGAGGAUGGCCAAGCGCCGACGAAGCUGCUCAUUUUCGUUUUCCAGCUCUUCCACUCUCUCAUUUGUUGACUGCUCCGGGUCUUCGUAGAUGUAAAACCCUCGAGAGACUAGCUCAAUCUUCUUGUCGAUGUGGUCAUCAUUGCGGCCAAUCUGGAAAGAUUGUGAUUAGCGACUGCAUGUUUGCCAUUGAUUUUUCUCUGAAAUCCGAGCUUCUCACCUGUUCAUCCCAUGCAGCCUGCCAGCGUCUCCGCUCUUCCUCCAUUUGCUCAUCCAUAUCAGCCCAGCAUUCUUCACGAACCUCUUGUUCGAUCAUUACACAUCGAUCUUCGGCAGCUUGCAACCUCAGCUCGACCUCUGAGCGCGCAAUCUCUUCUUCGGCCAAUCGCACGGCAAGGCCAUGGCAAUCUUUCGUCAGCCUGGCGAUUUCAGCCAUAGCACGGUCUAGAUCUUCGGCUGACGUAUCGUUGGGUGAAGUGCGACCGCUUGUUGACCGACCCCGGGCAGAGGCCACCGAAAUGAUCGACUCGGUCAGCGACGGUAUACGUGGAACUGUCACCUCUCGCGCCAGCGCUGAGUAGCGUAAGAUUUGAGAAGUUGCGUUAAAGUCUCCAACUGGAUCAGCAGUCACAACCAUGACGGCCUUUUGAGGAUACUGGCCCCGAGACAUCUGGUUGGACGAGGGGAAUGAAUUAGAGAAUAGGAGUUCAGUGAGUUUGCACUGGCGGUAUGGAACGAGG